CGUCCGCUCCCGGCUCCAGGGGCGAGUAACGUGGGAUGUGCGGAGAAAGGCCGGACCGGAGGGAUAACGACCCCGGCUUCAUCCCUGGGCCCACCCCCGGCUGCUUCCUCCGCAGCAAUCUUUUCCUCGCCUUCCUUUCUCCACCACUAUAUCCUCCUAACCUAAAAAUCAUCCCUCCCCACCUCCCGGGACUGAUCUCCCCGCACGGAGAGCAGCGAGCCCCGGGCACCGGCGGCUCCUCCGCUUGCCUCUCUGCCAGCACCGGCACCGGCUCUCCAUGGAACGGCUGCGGCUGAAGUUUGCCCGGAGCGAGGGAUGAGCGAUGGAGGGGCCGAGCCUGGCAGGAGCCCCGUGCUGCUGGCCGAGCCCCUGCCCACCGGGCGAGCCCGGGAGAAGGCAGCGAGUCGGGAGCAGCUGGAGAGCGUUCGGCGAGGCGGAGGAAGCGGUGGGUUCAAGGACAUCCCGGGAACAUCGGCUGUCAGCCCCGGUUCCUCCAAGGAGUGCGCCCCGGACAGCGAGAGCCCAGCAGGAGCUGGCGAAGCGGACUAUUGCCGCCGCAUCCUGGUGCGAGAUGCCAAAGGGACCAUCCGGGAGAUUGUGCUCCCUAAAGGUCUGGACCUGGACCGACCCAAGCGGACGCGGACGUCCUUCACUGCGGAGCAGCUCUAUCGCCUGGAGCUGGAGUUCCAGCGCUGCCAGUCAAGGUCUGGUUCCAGAACCGUCGCACCAAGCAGAAGAAGGACCAGAGCAGGGACUCUGAGAAACGCUCCAGCACCACCUCCGAGUCCUUCGCCACCUGCAACAUCCUGCGGCUGCUGGAGCAAGGGAGGUUCCUCUCCGUCCCGGCCCCCCCCAGCCUCCUCUCUCCCACCUCCAACCCCAUCACCAGUCCUACCGGCAACGGAUCUGGCUUGGCCACUCCGGGAACCACAUCCCCUGGGCUCGGCGGUGGGAGCAGCCCCACGGGACCGGGAACAUUCAGCCUGCAAGUUCCUUCUCUUACCUCUUCCUCCUCCUCGUCCUCACCCAGGCUGCCGGCCAACCCGCUGUGUUUCGGGGGGCCACUUCUGGGCACCCUCCACGACCUUCCGGGCACUUACGGACUGGGCACUUCUGCUUUUGAGCCUUACACACGGCUGGAAAGGAAAGACAAUUCUAUACCCAGCAAGAAGCCAAGCCCUUAAAUCAAACAUGAGUGUCAAAAGGUCUCCCCCCUCCCACCAUCCCCUGCGCCCCGCCCACCCAGGCCCCGCAGCGGGGUCCAGCUUGGCAAGUGGGGUGUGGAAGAGGGUUUAUCACUCCCCAGACACGGCCGCGGGUGACACCCUGCAGCCCCGGCCUGAUGUUGGACCUGGCCAUGUCUGCUGGGUGUCCUUGGGGGCCCCGUGUAACUGGUGCUGUCACAUCCCUCACUGGCACGCGUGGAUCUGGCAGGGCCACGUCCCUGCCUCCAGGUGUUGCCUGCUCAGGGUCCGGAAGAUGAUGCUGUGGUCUGUGCUGCAUGGAAUGGGAGGGGAGCAGCUUCCAGGGGGUGGCGUUCGGUGGGUUGCUGAUGCCCUGUGGGCUUUCAGUGGGUGGGACCACAGAGCUCUGGUCCCUCUGGACUGUCCCCCUGGGGGCUGUGGUGUUUGGGUCACUGAUGAAGCCCCAGGCAGCAGGCAGGGGCCCCAAAGGGGAGAACACUGGGCUUUGUCCCUGCUUGGCCAAGUUGUCCUUGGGCCUCAGUUUCCCCACCUGCAGAGGGCUUUGUGUCCUGGCUGAGAUUGUCCCAGAGCACACUGGUGGCUGUGAGGUCCAGAUCCAUGAGAUGCUUGUUCCCCCAGACCCCUGUCCCAGCGAGGGUGGGAGGUCUGGGGGGUAGCAAUGAUGCUGGUGAUAUCUCCAGCCACUUACACCAGUGGUCCACAGCUACUUCAACUCAUGAGACCCCCUCCCCAGGCUCCUCCUCACCUGCUUGUGCAGAACCAAACCACCAUCCUAGACCCUGUUUUGGUGUUGUCCCACCCUGGUAAACCCCUAAGGAUGCUGGAGGAGAUUCUGAGCACCCCGGGGGGACUGUGGGGAGCUGGGGCCAGGCUUCCUGUCACAGAAACCUCACUGAGGGGGAUGCAGACAUUCAGGCCCUUGGAUGGUGGACUUGGAGCCAGACUGAUGUGCAAAAUGGCAGUGACAUUGUGUGAGGUGAUCCCUGGGGGCAGGGGCAGCAUGACUUAACUGGCAUCUGCUGAGGGAGGUCUACACUGGGCAGAGUGCAACUCCUCUGUAGUGGAGCAUCACCUUGAUAAGGUGCUUUGCAGUGGCAGUGCCUUGGCAGGAUGCUCUGUGGUGUCACUGCCUUGGCAAGGUACCCUGUGGUGGCAAUGCCUUGGCAGGAUGCUCUGUGGUGUCACUGCCCUGACAAGGUACCCUGUGGUGGCAGUGCCUUGGCAGGCUGCUCUGCGGUGUCACUGCCUUGGCAAGGUACCCUGUGAUGGCAGUGCCUUGGCAGGCUGCUCUGCAGUGUCACUGCCCUGACAAGGUACCCUGUGGUGGCAAUGCCUUGGCAGGCUGUUCUAGUGUUGUCACCCUCUCAGGAUGCUCCAGUGGCAUCACCCUGCCAGGCCACCCUGUAAGGACAUCACCUUGUCAGGAGUGAGGUGAUGCCCUCAGCCUCUUUCCAGCAUUCAGGAGCUGCCAUGGGGCUCAUCAGCCUCUCACUCCCUCCAAACCAAGGUGCUUCUGUAUCCUCCUGCUUCUGUUUCAUGGCUGACAACAAAACUUCCCACUGAGCCCCUCCCCCACCCCAUGCUCCGUAGGGACUGGUUCCCGAAGGGACACAGCCUGCCUCUUCCUGGGAUUUCGCAGGGAAAUAUUUAAAAUAAAGAUUUUAUGGAAAGGUUCUUUGGUGACUUUUCUUUUCCCUUUC